AUGGUUUUCCAUCUCGACAAUACACUUGGGGCCGCAUUCAUCGGUGUUGUGGUUGCUGCAGGGCUUCACGGAGUGUCCUGUGUUCAGGCCUGGUGGUACUAUACCCACCAGAACGACCGAUGGCCACUGAAACUUCUGGUGGCUGCUGUAAUGGUUUUCGACACGGUCCACCAGGGUCUCAUCUCACACACUCUCUACACCUAUCUCGUUACCAACUACGACAAUCCGAUAGAACUCUCUCAGAUCGUAUGGAGCUUACUGGUCGAAGUUCUUUUCAAUGGUCUUACGGCUCUGCUCGUCCAAAGCUUCCUGACUGUCCGCAUUUGGAGGCUCAGCAAUCGCAAUUCUUGGCUCACCGGCGCCGCACUUAUACUUGUUUUGGGCGAAUUCGUCAUAGUUACCUCCCGUUUCGCCCUCUACUCAACUUGGUGGGCGCCAGCCUAUGUCGCUUUGUCUCUGCAACUUCAAACCUUCGCGGAGUUGACUGAACUCAAGUCGCUCUCUAUUACGGUCAACUCGCUAGCAGCUGCGGGAGAUGUUCUUAUAGCUGCGACACUUUGCAAGCUUCUUCACAGUUCUCGAACUGGCUUCCACCGGUCCGACACUAUGAUUAGGAAGUUGAUGAUGUGGGCUGUCAAUACUGGCCUAAUCACCAGUAUAUGCGCAAUUGCUUCUCUCAUCUCAAUCACGGUUGCCGGCAAUACGUUCAUUUAUAUCCUCUUUUUCUUUUGCAUGGGCCGUUUAUACUGCAAUUCGCUGCUUGCGACCCUCAACGCCAGAAACAGUAUUCGUGGCGCAGCUGACGGAGUCCACACUACGAGCGAGAACUUGUCCUUGUCUUUGCGCGAGUUUCAGCCAAAGAAUACCACCCUUUCAAUCUCUUCCAAACGACCGAAUAUUUCGAUAAAAAUUGACACGACCCAGGAGUUCAACCGUGACGCGGAUGAUGUGUUGAGCGAGGCGGAGGAAAAGUUCUGGAUCUGA